AACAACAUCAACUUCAUUCAAGUGUUGCUGCACUGUGAGCGGAGGCAGUCUGCAUAUCAGGACUCGACUGCGCCUAUCUCUUCUGGUGUUGUUGUCUUUUUUUUUUUUUUUUCUUUUUUUCUUGGAUAUAAAUGACUGAUUGCCAAAUGGUUUCCUCAGAUUUUACGGCAGAUGAGAAGAUGGAGAUCGAGAGCAUCAAGACGUAUAAGAAAGACCUUCUGGAUGAUAUCCAGAAGUUAAAGAUGGAGAUAGACAACGUCAUGGCGGAAAUACUCAGCUUUGAGUCUGCAGAGGAAAAUAAGACCAUCGAGAAGAGCAAACAGUUCUCAAUGGGGAAGAAGAAAUUCAACAUGGACCCCAAAAAGGGCAUCAAUUACCUGGUGGAGAAUAAGCUGAUGGAUGGAGGUGCUCAAUCCAUCGCCGAGUUCCUGUACAAGGAGGAGGGACUCAACAAGACUGCCAUUGGAGAAUUUCUUGGAGAAAGGGAGGAGCUCCACCUCAAGACCCUGAAGGCCUUCGUGGAGCUGCACGAGUUCUCCGACCUCAACCUGGUCCAGGCCCUCAGACAGUUCCUGUGGAGUUUCCGUCUGCCUGGUGAAGCCCAAAAGAUCGACCGCAUGAUGGAGGCCUUCGCCACGCGCUACUGUGACUGCAACACUCAUGUCUUCCAGUCGACCGACACGUGCUACAUCCUGUCAUUCGCCAUCAUCAUGCUCAAUACCAGCCUCCACAACCCCUGUGUGAAGGACAAGACCACUCUGGAGCGUUUCAUCUCCAUGAACAGAGGCAUCAACAAUGGAGAGAAUCUACCUGAUGAGCUGCUCUCGAAACUAUACGAGAGCAUUCGCAAUGAGCCUUUCAAAAUCCCUGAGGAUGAUGGGAACGAUCUGACUCACACCUUCUUCAACCCUGACAGAGAAGGCUGGCUCCUUAAACUCGGAGGACGAGUUAAGACAUGGAAGAGGCGAUGGUUCAUCCUGACUGACAACUGCCUCUACUACUUUGAGUUCACCACUGAUAAGGAGCCCAGAGGCAUCAUCCCUCUAGAGAACCUCUGCGUGAGAGAAGUGCCAUACGCACGCAAACCGUACUGUCUGGAGCUGUACAACCCCAACAGUCGAGGGCAGAAAAUCAAAGCAUGCAAAACGGAGACGGACGGCAGAGUGGUGGAGGGGAAGCACCAGUCGUACACCAUCUGUGCUGCCAGCGCCGAGGAGAGAGACUCCUGGAUUGAGGCCAUAAGAGCGAGUAUCACCAAGGAUCCAUUCUACGACCUGGUCUCAGUCCGUAAGAAGAAGGUGAUAAACCAAGCCCCUCAGGACUGAGCUGUCCAGCGCCCUCCGUGGACGUUCAUGGUACUGCAUCAUAGGUGGAUUCAGUCCCCCUUUAAGUUGUACUAAACACCCUGCAACACAACUGAGCACAUACACUGGACCUAGACACUGACAGUGGUCAUCCAGGCUAAAAGAAGGACUUCUCUUUCCACUUCUCUUUUUUACAGACUAGACUUAACAGUGUCAAAGGUUAAAAACAUUGACAUGUUGUAUUUUUUUUAUUUUUUUUUGUCAGUCCGACAAGAAUUUAUCGACAAAACAGCGCAAGUGUUGAAGGAAGUGAAACGCUGUCCGUGCAUGUUGUGGACAGAGCUGUGUGUGGAUAUUCGUAUUUCUCUGUUUACAGAAUUGUUUUUGUUUAGUCACAUACUUGCUAGUUUCUCCUACCGAGAGAAGUUGAUUGAGUGGUUGAUGCUCUGUCUGCUCCGAGAAGAUUUUGUUAUUCUGACCAGAGAGGCAAAUUAUGUUUGUGAUGUCCAAGCAGUUUUAUGCAUGCUUUGAAAAAAGGCAAGACAUUUCUCAGCUUCCUUAAGGCUUAAAAAUGGACAUUAAGUAAAAGUACUGUAACAGUAAAACGCUUUACUGCUGUACGGUGGGUUGUUAUAUCUUGCAUGUAAAAAGCUCCACACCAUACUGUUACGGUUAAGAUUAUUCGUGCUUAAUUUUGUAAAUAUUGAUGCUGUACAUUUUAAAGCAUUUUGAGGAAUUAUUUUGUGUUUGUUGUUGAGAUUUUUAGUACUUUAUAGAGUGAAGCCUGUUUUUCUUUAUAUUUCACCUACCUUUAUUAGCACAGUGCAAUAAGUGCAGUAUCCAUUCUGUCUGCUUUGAUUCAACUGCAACGCAUACACUGAAUAUGAAUGAAAUCUUUUCACUGUUAGUAUUGUAUUGUUAUGUUCUCAAUAAUUAAUUAUUUAAUAAAAAAAGUAUUCAGGUACCA